AGGAACCGUAGAAGAAGAGCAGUGAACGCGCUCGGCGCCGGUUAGCAGCAGGCUAACGCGAAGCUAACGGCUGACGGGAUGUCCGCGGCCUCUAAAGUGGUUCUGGGAGUCUCUGUGGGUCUGACUCUGAGCACCGUGACCGCCGUCCACCUCAAACAGUCCUGGGACAGACAGCGUCUCCACGACGGCGUGAUUCGGGAUCUGGAGCGUGUGGAGAGGAAGAAGGAGAAUCUGCGUCUGCUGGAGGAGCAGAGGACUCUGACCAGACAGCUGGAGGAGGACAGACGACGGAGACAGACACAGGACCAGUGAGACAGCUCCAGCAGUGACAGCGGCGCGGCGAUGGACAGCAGCAGCGAGCCGCUGGGCGGGGGGGGGGACGAGGCGGCCUGCACGUCAGCCUCAGAGGGUCGGGGGGAGGGGGAGGUGGAGGGGGAGACGCUGCUGAUCGUGGAGUCGGAGGACCAGGGGUCGGUGGAUCUGUCACAUGACCAGAGCGGAGACUCUCUGACCAGCGACGUGGGCGAGGAGCCCGACGGAGGCUGGGCCUGCGAGGACAUGUCCUUCUACUGCGACCGCUGCCACAAGUGGCUCCCUGCAGGUCGGGACUUCUUAGCUUGAUUUAAUGCCUAUUUAAAACUUUAUUGGUGGCCGUCUUCAGCUGGUGCAUUUGGUGUCCAGGUGUGUCUCUGUCCUUCAGCAGUUUGAGUUUCUGACUGUUUUUUGGAAAACUAAAUAUACCCUGAAAUGUUUGAAAAAGUCCUGGAAUUUUGUUUUUCAAACCUGUAUGGUAACACAUAAUGUGUUCAAGAUGUGAUGCUUGGGGUCAUUUUCAGGAUUAAAAGAAAAAAGAAA